UGAUCACCGGGGGUUCCGUUGUUCUUGCUCCAUCGCUCCAUGGAACAGCUGGCAAACUUCCUAGCGUUGGCUCGGAAGUUGCGUGCGACUGGCGACAAGUCCUACAGUUCGGAAUUGGUGAAGCUCGCAGAGGCGAAUGAUGGCACCGAAGAUCCACUGAGUGAGGAGGCGUGCUGCGAGAUUGCGAUGGGCUUUCGGAGCCAGAGAGCAUCGAUCCGAAAGGAGUGCAAAGCAACUUUGGAGAAGGUCAUGUACAACCUUGGUGAGGCCCGUUUUGCGGGUGUCCAGAAUGCACUUCUUCGUAUGGUCGCAGGGGACCACUUCAGCUGGUCUCGUUUGAUCGCCCUGGAACUCUGCGACUGGCCCGGAAAGCCCGAGGCAUGUCUUCGAUUGCUGGAAGCGGACGAGCUUACAUUGAAGCGAGCCGCGCUCGAGGCCAUGAUUCCCCAUGCAGAAAAUCCCGAGUACGCCCCAAAGCUGAAGCAGGCGGCGUUGCGCUAUGUGGCCAUCGGCCAAGAUCCCUCGCUGCGGGUGCCGGCAGCGGAAGUUCUGCGAAGCUCCAGAAGUUUCGAAGGAAGGGAUGCCAUGCUCCAGCUGUUACAGGACCCGGAGGGCUGUUCCUCAGAACUACUGCAGGUGGCCAUCAAAGGUCUUGCUGAACUGGACCGUGGCCCAGAUGAGGCUGGUGAUAGCGAGGCCCAUGAGGCGAAACUCUGCGGAGCACUUGGACCGCUGCUGGAGCAUGGCAGUGCCUCUGUGAGAGAGGAUGCUGCCUAUGCCUUGGCAGAUGUUGGACAUCAGGGUCCAAAUGGCCUUGCCGUCGCUGCCUUGACAAAACGGCCUGUGUGGCCGGAAACCCAUGCAACUGUUUUGGAGGCCAAAAGUACAGCUCUGAAUUCCAUAGGAUACUGAGCCUAUUUGGUGCUAAAAUGAAGAAGAUGGAUUCUGGAUCAAGGCAUUUUGGG